UCGCUGAGAUUAGCUUUAGCUGUGGUUAACUCCUUCACAAGUGUUCACACACCACGACUGCUUCCGCGGGGUCAAUAUGGACUUAAUCAACAAAAUGUUCAUCGACCAUUUUAGAAAGGAAUGAGAUCACUCGAGAAGAUGUUUCCUCACUCAGGGAAAUCCAUCGUCUUUGACAGCUUUCCAGAUCCAUCUGACACCUGGGAGAUCAUUGAGACUAUUGGUAAAGGGACUUAUGGGAAAGUUUAUAAAGUGCUUAACAGGGUCAAUGGCAGCAAAGCCGCCGUAAAAAUACUGGAUCCAAUCCAUGACAUUGAUGAGGAAAUUGAAGCUGAAUAUAACAUUCUGAAAGCUCUCUCAGACCAUCCCAAUGUUGUCAAGUUCUUUGGAAUGUUCUACAAAAAGGAUGUCAAGAUUGGAGACCAGCUAUGGCUAGUGCUAGAGUUGUGCAAUGGAGGGUCUGUCACAGAUCUGGCUAAAGGUAUGCUGAAAAGAGGAGACCGCGUGGAAGAACCCAUCAUUGCCUACAUCCUACACGAAGCACUCAUGGGUCUCCAGCAUUUACACAUCAAUAAGACCAUCCAUCGAGACAUCAAGGGCAACAACAUCCUGCUCACCACAGAAGGAGGAAUCAAGAUGGUUGACUUUGGGGUAUCAGCCCAGCUUACAAACACCCGGCUAAGGAGGAACACUUCAGUCGGAACACCAUUCUGGAUGGCACCUGAGGUCAUAGCCUGUGAGCAGCAGCUCGACUCCACGUAUGACGAGCGCUGUGACGUGUGGUCUCUUGGUAUCACAGCCAUAGAGCUGGGUGAUGGAGACCCGCCCCUGGCUGAUCUUCAUCCAAUGAGAGCUCUCUUCAAAAUUCCAAGAAAUCCUCCACCUACCCUACACCAACCAGAGCUCUGGUCAACCGAUUUUAACGAUUUUAUAUGCAAGUGUCUGAUAAAGGAUUUUGAGCUCAGGCCCAAUGUGUUUGACCUUCUUCAGCAUGUCUUCAUCAAACAGAUUGUGGGCCGAGAGAAGACGCUGCAGAAGCAGCUGAUGGAGCUAAUCGACCUCAACCAACAAAUGGGCAUUAUCGAGAAAACCAGCCGUCUUGGAAUAACUCAAAGGAGAGACAGUGAUUCCAGGCAUGAGCGUAUCCAUACCAAAAAAGGCAGCUACAUGAAGUCUCAAAGUCAAACUUGUGAUGACGUGGAGGAUCUGGCAACCCUAGAGGUUCUAGAUGAAAACACAAUCACCGAACAGCUACAGAAACGUUAUGCAAAGGAGCAGAUCUACACCUACGUUGGAGACAUCCUCAUAGCGGUUAAUCCAUUCCAGAAAACGGAACUGUACACGCCGGAGCAUUCUAAGAUUUACGUUGAAGCCAAAAGAACAUCCAACCCUCCUCAUAUAUAUGCAGUUGCAGACAUUUCAUAUCAGUCCAUGGUCUCCUAUAAUACUGAUCAGUGUAUUGUCAUCAGUGGAGAGAGUGGUGCUGGGAAAACAGAAAGCGCCCACCUAUUAGUCCAACAGCUGACCGUCCUCGGAAAGGCAAACAAUCAGACCCUCCAAGAGAAGAUUUUGCUGGUCAAUAGUCUGGUGGAGGCCUUUGGAAAUGCCUGUACUGUGAUCAAUGAUAACUCCAGUCGCUUUGGGAAGUAUCUGGAGAUGAAGUUCACAUGUGGAGGCACAGUUGUGGGAGCUCAGAUCUCAGAAUACCUCCUGGAGAAAUCCCGGGUCAUACACCGGGCCGUAGGGGAACGUAAUUUCCACAUCUUCUAUUACAUCUAUGCCGGUCUGGCAGAAAGGAAGAAACUUGGCCACUAUAAGCUGUCAGACAGCAAAACACCAAAGUAUCUCCACAAUGAGAAUGUUAAAUUAGUGCCUGACAUUGUGGGCAAUGCCUUCUAUAAGGAGCAGUUUGAGACAGUGGAGCAGUGCUUCAAAGUCAUUGGCUUCACACUAGAGGAGCUUGGAAGCGUUUACAGUACCUUAGCCGGGAUCCUAAAUGCAGGUGAUGUUGAGUUCACAUCAGUGGCUUCGGAACAUCAGACGGACAAAAGCAAUAUUUCCAACAUGGCAGUACUAGAGAGUGCUGCAUCGCUGCUGUGUAUCCGUGCGGAUGAGCUCCAGGAAGCGCUGACUUCUCACUGUGUGGUCACACGGGGCGAAACCAUCGUCAGGUCAAACACAGUGGAGAAGGCCAUUGAGGUUCGGGAUGCCAUGGGCAAAGCCCUCUACGGACGCCUGUUCAGCUGGAUCGUCAACCGCAUCAACUCUCUCCUGAAACUAGAUAGCCUGUCAGGGGAGGAAGACAAAGGUCUGAACAUUGGUAUUCUGGACAUUUUUGGCUUUGAAAACUUUAAGAGGAACUCUUUUGAGCAGCUGUGCAUCAACAUCGCCAAUGAACAGAUCCAGUUCUACUUCAACCAGCACAUCUUCGCCUGGGAACAGGAUGAGUAUCUGAACGAAGAUGUGGACGCUCGAGUGAUUGAAUAUGAAGACAACCGGCCGCUGCUGGACCUCUUCCUCCAGAAGCCCAUGGGCAUGUUAGCACUACUGGAUGAGGAGAGUCGCUUCCCUCAGGCUACUGACCAGACCCUCGUCGAGAAAUUUGAGGACAACUUAAAAUCCAAAAACUUCUGGAGACCAAAGAGGGUUGAUCUUGGCUUUGGAAUUCAUCACUACGCAGGCAAGGUGAUCUAUAAUGCCAGUGGUUUUCUGGCUAAGAACAGAAAUGCUCUGCCCGCUGAUAUUGUUCUCUUGUUGAGGUCUUCAGAGAAUGAACUGAUCCGUAAACUGGUUACUCACCCGCUCACCAAAACAGGUAACCUGGCUCACACUAAGGGCAAGGCUGCUAGCUCUGCUCGUAUGUGCACACAACAAUCACAGCCCACCAUUAACUUUGCCAAGUUGGAAGGUCUUAUGUUGUUCAGUACUGUAUCAUUCAGUGAGUCUUCCUCCCGGAAAUUAACUCCCACCAAUGACAAAACAAUGCUUGCCUUGCCAGUUGACACUGUACAAACGGCGGAGAGCACGGGAGACACCAUACAUCACCCCAGAGAGACCACCAACAUGAAGACUCAGACUGUAGCCUCUUACUUCAGAUAUUCUCUAAUGGAUCUGUUAUCAAAGAUGGUGGCGGGCCAGCCUCACUUUGUACGUUGCAUAAAACCCAACAAUGAUCGUCAAGCCCACAAGUUCGACAGGGAGAAGGUUUUGAUUCAACUACGCUACACUGGUAUUCUAGAGACAGCUAAGAUACGCAGACAGGGCUACUCUCAUCGCAUUAUCUUCGAUAACUUCAUUGAGAGGUACUCUAUAUUAGCAUUUAGAGCCAAUGAGGAGCCACCAAUGAAUCCAGAGACAUGUGUUGCUAUUUUGGAGAAGGUCAAACUAGAAAACUGGGUUCUGGGCAAAACAAAGGUCUUUCUUAAGUACUAUCAUGUAGAGCAACUGAAUCUGAUGGUGAGACAGACCACAGACCGGAUUGUUCUAGUCCAAGCACAUGUACGAGGCUGGCUGGCAUUCAGACAAUACCGUUUGAUGCUUGAAAAGAGAAAACAAAGUGUGGUGCUUUUGCAGUCAGUGUGCAGGGGAUAUCUAGCAAGGCAGAAAUACAAGGAGUUACAAGAGGAGAAGAACAAAGCUGCUGCAAAAAUCCAGGCCCAUUACAGGGGACACAAAGAGAGGAAAAGCUUCAAGAGGAAAAAGGAAGCCAUGCAAAAGGAAAAAGCUGAGAAGACAGAAGAAGUGGAGGAGACCCCAUCAGAAGCAGAUGGUCCAGUUUCCGAGGAACUUCCACGGGAAGGAGAUGAAGCAGUAACGGAUGAUGCUGAUGAAAAGGCUGCUGUGGUACUCCAGAGCAACUACCGAGGUUACAGAGAAAGGAAGAAAUACAAGGAGCAUCAGGAACGGAAUAAGACCUUGACCGGGGAUGAGCUGGCCAUUUCUUCAUCUACCCAUGAAGAAGUCACUUCGGGAGAAAAUUUGGAUUAUGUUCAAGAGGUAGUACAGGAGAAUAUGGAAAAGGAAGGGAGGGAGGCUGAGGAAGAGGCUGCAAGUGGAGAAGAUGAGAACAAUGAACAAGAAACCAAGGCAGCCACUGUUAUCCAGAGCAACUUCAGAGGUCAUAAAGAACGUAAAAGACUCCAAGGGGAGGGGAAGAUGCCAGUUAGAGGGAAGAAGGAGACAGAGAGUCCUCCAGUUGAUGAGGAGUUUCCUAUUCCAGAUCCACCACCCCCAGAAGAACUGCUGGAAUUCACUGAGGACAUGGAACAGGAAGAUGAGACUCCAGCUCAACCACCAGGAGAAGAUGAAGAAGCCAAAGCCGCUGUGGUUCUUCAGAGCAACUUCCGUGGCCACAAAGAGCGUAAAAGACUCCAAGAGGAAGGCAAAAUCCCCAAGAAAAAGACAAAUGUAGAAAUGGCUAACCCAGACACUUCAGAACUAGACAUUUCUCUUGAAGAACUUCCACCACCUCCAUUAGAAUUUGAGCAAGACCAAGAGCUAGAUUUCAGUCAAACUCCAGAUGAAGAACAUGCUGCAACUGUUUUACAGAGCAAUUUCAGAGGACACCAGGAGAGAAAGCGAUUGAGAGCCGAGAGAGAAGGAGCCAUAGGAAAUGAACAAGAAAUGGCACUAGAGGUGGAGGAGCAGGUGAAUGACAAAGUUCUGGACAUCACAAAUGUUCAGCUGGAACGGAAGAGGGUAGAAGAAGAGGAGAACACUCAGGCAGAGGACGGCCAAUAUGAUGAGGAGCAGGCAGCCAUUAAAAUCCAGAGCAAUUUUAGAGGUUACAAAGACAGAAAGAACCUGAAAGCUACAUCACACAAACAGGAUGAGGAAGUGGAGUCACUCUUCAAACAGGUAACCAGUGCCUCUGAAGAUUACUUAUCACUGCAGAAGAAGUUAAAUGAAAUCAUCCUUGCCCAUCAGCUCAACCCCAGUGAAAAUGGAAUGUUUGUGAAAGGAAAACCUAUGAAUGGCUACAUGGGCGGUUACCAGCCACCAGCCGACACAAUGCAGUCACGAACAUCUCGCCGCACACAACAACCAAAGACCCUGAACACACCAGAGGACUCCACAUACUACACACUCAUUCAUAGGUCUGUCCAGGACAAUAAAAGGAGGUCAAGAAAACAAAGCCCCAAAAGGCUGGACAAUGAUGACCAGUACUACCAGGGCUUGUCCAGCACUAAGUCCACAAGCCUUUUCAGUGACAGACGGCGCUCGAGCAAACGCAGAUCCUCUUCCGAGAGACCACUGUCUGAUGUCCCUAAAUCUGAUCUCCCUAAGGACCCGACUGAGAAGAGGCACUCGUUCUCUAGAAUGCCCUCUACAGAGAGUCAAAGUGAGGACAACCCUUAUGACUACAGAAAGAUACUGAGGAAGACCUCCCAGAGACGAAGGCUUAUAACACAGCCUGUCAGUGACUGAUGAGGUCAGCGAAAAACAUUUUACUUAAAGCUCGGGUUCACCCAAAAAUGUAUUUUCUGGCAUAAUUUUCUCG